AUGGCAAACGUGCCCAGCGCGGGGCUGGCAGCUGCCGAUCCCCGGAUACUGGCCUUAGCUGCUCAAGUCACCGAGAGCACAGAACAGGACAUCCCCCUGCUGCUUCUGAAGUUAAAAGGAAUUUUAAAUAGUGCUUCCUUGGGAUCUGAAGAAUCCAAAAGAAUUAAACAAGAUAUAUACAGUUAUGAUCUUACUCGGUACUGCAUGCUGGUCCUUAGACAAGACCACUUUCGACUGCAUGGAGGCUGGGCUACUGCUGCCCAGCUAGCAGAGAUACUAAGUCAUUGUUGUGUAGGACUAGAGGUGAAAGAAGAUCCUGAGGAAUUUUACAAGAAAUUUCUUCCUUCAGCUAUAGACAACCUGCUGGUUUUGGGAAGACGCCUGCAAGCACGAUUUAUCCGAGCAAUCAAGGAUGAAGAAAAACAGGAUUUUUUACACUGGUUCCAAACAGUAACUGAUGCCAUCUGCUGGCUGUUCGGUGGGCAUAUUCAACUAGCAGCGUGUGUACUGCAAAAUGAUCACUUCCUGCAGUUGUUAAUAACAGAUGAUGUUGAAACAACAAUUCUAAUGAUGUCUGUUUUACACAAUCUUUUGAAGGUCAAUAGCUCUGUCUUGCUUCAGGUUGAUGAAGAGACCCUUUACUCUGUUUUGGAUGAACUUGUUUAUAAGCUUUCAUCUACUACCAAUCCUGUCAUAGGAAAUGCUGCUACAAAACUGCUGGUGAUGGUGGCAAAAUUUUGCAAGCAGCUUGUGAGGUUACUCACAACUCGCUACAAAGGAUUAAAAGGGCUUUUAAGUAAACAGUGGACUGGCAAAGGAUUUGACAGGGAUCUUAGUCAACUUUUGGAUCUGCUGUACUUGGAACAGCCCAAUGGAAAAGGAGAAAUGCAGAGGCAGCAUCAAGCAGCUUGCAUAAUCCAGGCUAUGUGGAGGGGAUUUCAGACAAGGAAAAGGCUGAAAAAACUACCCCAAGCUGUGACUACUUUACAAAGAAGCUUCAGAGCGAAACGGGAACAGGAGCUGCACCACUUGAAAAAACAGAAGGAAGAUGAGGCUCUAAAACUGCAAAUGCAACUUCAGAGACAGAGGGCCAUGAGACUCUUCCAUGAACGACAGCUGGCCUUACUGAAAAUAAUCCAUGCCAGUCAGGUAGGUAAGUACAUGGAGGAAAUGGAGGGGAAAUCAGCAUUAACUAUCCAGAGAUUCUGGCGAGGACAUAGAGCGAGAAGAAAUUUCCAUCAACAGAGACAAUCUCUUAAGGAGUAUAAAGCAGCUGUUGUCAUCCAGAGAGCAGCUUGUAAAUUCCUGGAAAAACGAAGAAGGAGGAGAUCUCUCUCUCCUUGGAAAGAUCCCAAGGGACUGACUGAUGAGCAGAGACUAGCUUUGCAGCAGAAGGUGGAUGACUACAUCAAAUUGCAUCCGGCUUCCCAAAUGUCAGAAGAAAGAAGUAAAGAAUUACAUAUGCAGACCCAGGAAAAGCUGGCACAGUUCUUGCUGAGAAGCAGACUGGAUCAGAGAGCAGCACAGCGAAGGGAGGCGUUGCUGGCUCAGGUCAACACUGAUGUGGAGCUACUAAUGAAUGCUCCAGGGCUGGCAGAGACUACAGAAAAAGAUCUAGAUGUCUUUAUGAGUCGAUCAGUCCCUGUAGCUACCAAGGCAAGACAAUCACACAACACUAUGCUGAAAUACACUCGCUGGCCAUGGUGGAAGAAGCUUGGAGAUGAGUUUAUGGAGGAUGAUGUCAUUCCUGAUGAUGACCAAAAUGCAGAACUGGGAACUCUAUUUAUUGGUGGAAGGAAAUCGUGUUAG